UAUGCUCAGUUUCAUUCUCGCAUUGUAAGAGUCGUGUGCCUUGUCCGAUUAGGAAACAAAAAAUAAGGUUAAAAAACACAAUUUUUUGUUUUUUUGUCAAAAUUCGUUGUUGUGUAUCGUGAGCAGUGUUUAACAACUAAAUUGUAUUGAGUGAAUUCGUUUAAGUUUUGAUACCAAGAGGCACUACUACUAAAUUCACGAAUCUUUAUUUCAACUUUUUGGAGGCACACGAAAUUCCAACUAAAUCGGUCCGAUACAGGGAUAUAUAUAUUAAUAUCUAGAAAUAUGAGCAAACUCCGCAAUAGAAGCCUGCUGAAGAUGAUCCUCCAGGAUCGAUUACCGAGCGUAAACAUAAUUCGCAAUUCCUGCACUGGGGAAAACGCCCCAGCAAAGGGUGUCGUGGUCGGCCUUUAUCAAAAGGAGGGCGACAACGAUCCUAAGCUAACGCCCAGUGGCCAAAGGAUAGAUGAUCGUCUAAAAGGCAAGCUGGCGCGGCUUAUAUGUGAGUCAAAGAUCACAGGUCAUUUGGGAUAUGGAAAGGUGUUCAACAAUAUCGAUCAAGAGUUCAAAAGCUUGGCCGUGGUGGGCGUGGGCCUUGAAGGCAUUGGCUUUAAUGAACUGGAAAUGCUCGAUGAGGGCAUGGAAAAUGUCCGUGUGGCUGCCGGCAUUGGUGCUCGUUCCUUGCAAAAGAUCGGCUGCUCGGAAGUCUUUAUGGAUAGCAUGGAUUAUGCUGAGCAGGCGGCCGAGGGCGCUGCCUUAGCCGUUUGGCGUUUUAUUAACAAAUCUUCCAAGAAACCGCAACCAAAGAUCCCCAUACUAAAUUUAUACGAUUCCCACGAUAUGGAAAGCUGGACGCGAGGUCUCUUUAAGGCAGAGGCCCAGAAUUUGGCCAGAAGGCUGAGUGAUACCCCGGCCAAUUGUAUGACACCCACUCUGUUUGCCCAGGCCUCAGUGGAUGCUCUGUGCCCGUGUGGCAUCACCGUGGAGAUCCGUACCAUGGAUUGGAUGGAAUCGCAGCAUCUCAACUCAUUCCUAAUGAUCGCCAAGGGUAGCUGUGAGCCACCCGUCUUGAUGGAGAUCAACUAUUGCGGCACCAGUCCCGAGGAUAAACCCAUUCUGUUUCUGGGCAAAGGGAUAACCUUCAAUUCGGGUGGCAUUAAUUUAAGGAUUUGUAAGGGUAUGGAUGAAUACCGGGCCUCCAUGUCAGGAGCGGCGGCAUGUGUUGCCAUGAUGCGUUGCGCUGCCGCCCUGUCGCUGCCCAUCAACAUCAGUUGCAUCAUACCAUUGUGCGAGAAUAUGCCAUCUGGGAUGUCCUGCAAACCGGGCGAUGUGGUCACCCUUCUAAAUAACAAAUCUGUUGCUGUACGGGAUCUGGACAAGGCUGGUGUGGUGGUAUUGGCCGAUCCAAUGCUCUAUGGCCAAGCUACGUACAAGCCGCGAUUGGUAAUUGACGUGGCCACAUUGGGAAGUGGUGUUAAAAAGGCCUUUGGUGGCGGUGCCACAGGUAUUUUCUCCAAUUCUCACUACAUUUGGAAGCAGUUUCAAUCCGCUGGCGCGCUCACUGGAGACCGAGUGUGGCGUCUCCCGCUGUGGAAUUACUACAAGAAGCAGGUCACCGAUAAUCUAAGCUAUGACAUAGUCAACAAUGGCCGGGGACUGGCCAGUUCAUGUCUGGCUGCCGCCGUUCUCCACGAACUGGUACCUUGUGUGGAUUGGGCUCAUCUGGAUACCAGGGGAACCGGCAUGCAAACCAAGUUCGGUAUAAUACCAUAUCUCACUACUAAAACUAUGACGGGUCGGCCAACACGCACCUUAGUGCAGUUCCUGUACCAAAUGGCCUGUCCCGUCAAUCAGCAAGGAUCAUAGAUUGCCUUUUGGAGAUCGAAUAAGUAGAUGUAUUCAUAUAAGAGAGGACCCCGAAAUCUCUUGUCAGUUGUGAUUUUACCGUCUUGUGGAGCAAAGGCGUUUUCUCAGAUUCCCUGUAGAGCGUCCAGUGUAUUUAAAUUUGCUGUGUGUAUUACUAAAUAUAUUAAUAUGGCGAUUUGUUUUUAAGCUUAA